GUCUGCCAGUCUGAGUGGAACUGCUGCUUCCCGCAACAAAGAGAACGCUGACUAAAUGUGGUGCGGCUAAAACAACAUUGUUUCAGACCAAGUUGAAGUGGAGAAGACGCAGUUUUACUCGAGGAGCUGACCGUCAACACGGAAGACGUCAAUUUGGAGCGAGUUUGAGUUUCUGUUCGGGUUUGCAGCAGCUCUGGCACAGUGACGGCAUUAUUGGCAUGAAACAAGACCACAUACAUCUUUCAUUUAUACUUUCAUCUGCCGUCAUCCCUCUGCAGCAGUCUUCAGUCAGGAAGUCUCACUUCUGUCCCACCGCAUUGAUGAGGUAGCGCCAAGCUCCACGCAGUGCAGCACCCACCUGCUACAAAUCCUCCCCCUCACCCCCAAUACCUUCUACUCUACAACCAUGGGUCAGAAGAUCUCAGGGGGCAUCAAAGCUAUCGACGGCCGCGGGGAGAGUGGCGGCUCCCCUUCCUACAGGCCCACAGCUCACCGUCGGCAACACCUGGAAUUUAGAGGACCUGAUUUCUCCAAGCCCCCGAGGCUGGACCUGCUGCUGGACAUGCCAUGCGCCGGAUUAGAAACACAACUAAGGCACGCUUGGAACCCGGAUGAUCGCUCGCUGAACAUUUUUAUCAAAGACGAAGAUAAGUUGACAUUUCACCGUCACCCCGUGGCCCAGAGCACGGACUGCAUCCGGGGACGAGUCGGAUACACCAGGGGUCUCCAUGUUUGGAAGAUUCACUGGCCUUCCCGACAGCGCGGCACGCAUGCCGUAGUGGGAGUGGCCACUACUGAAGCACCUUUACAUUCUGUAGGCUACACCGCAUUAGUGGGCUCAGACUGUGAGUCUUGGGGAUGGGAUCUGGGACGUAACAGACUCUACCAUGACAGUAAGAACCGCUCCCACAGCUCGUUGCCUACAUACCCCUCGUUUCUGGAGCCGGAGGAGUCCUUCACCCUGCCUGACUCACUUCUAGUGAUUCUAGAUAUGGACGAAGGGACGCUGAGCUUCAUGGUAGAAGGACAGUAUCUUGGUGUGGCGUUCAGAGGACUAAAAGGCAAGAAGCUACAUCCCAUCGUCAGCGCUGUGUGGGGACAUUGCGAGAUAUCCAUGAAGUACAUCAAUGGCCUUGACCCUGAACCUCUUCCUCUGAUGGACCUGUGUCGGCGCGCUGCCCGCCUGGCGUUGGGUCGUGAGAGACUUCAAGAGAUCGAGACGCUGCCCCUCCCUCAGUCGCUCAAAAAUUACCUCCAGUACCAGUGACUGUCACCAGCGGAUCCCACUGGGAUUUCAAGGACGCAAACCAAGAGGAAGGCUGGACUGGAUUGAAGGACGGAGGAGAGGGGGAAUCACCGGGGGGCGGACGAGGUUGGACGGUCAGAAUGGUCACUUUCCUCUGGACAGGAGGGGAUAGGACAGCACCAGCUUUUGGAAGAUUAUAUGCAUUUUGUUUUCUUUAUGAUUAAGUUAUUGACAAUGUCCCAUCAGGGGGUCACUGUUCUGGAAAGAAACCUCACCCUCUGAUGCAGUCAGAUAGCGGAAUAUAUGGCGCCACCUAGCGGUCAUGAGGAGAACUGCGCCGUUAAAGCACACUAACCUUGUACCCCCAGCUCCCCGCGGAGGCCUUUAUGACGCACGGUCGCUCACCAUAUCUUCGCUCAGUGUUGACGACUGGAUUUUUAGCACAAAUGCUUUGACCUUAACAGACACAUUCCACGUACAAGCCCCUGUUAGGCAUGCGACCGCGGCCAUCUUGCUUUUGGAGCUGAAACAUGCACAAGCUAGCAUCAGUCAUCUUCUGUCGUAGACCAUACAUUGCAUUAUAGCAUGAAGAAAUAGUGCUAAAGCGUCAAGCUAACCUUGUAUUUAAAUUAGCUUGAAUUAGCAUUCAAGCUAAUAGAGACAAUUUAUGACUGAAGUUAAUCACGGCAGCCUGUUUAGCUAGCACGACUACAAUAUUGCUUUUUACCGACUUCAGGGGAAUUUUAACUUUAAUCUCAUUGUGGAGCCCUUUUUCUUCCUAAACAUUCCAACGUCCAUUGAAUGCACCACGAGCACGGUAAUUCAAGUAUAUUCCCUGUUUUACGUCUUGAAGGCUGCAAGCUAGCAGCGAAUCCUUCCGCAUGCCUGACAGGGGCUUCCCAACCGCCAACUAUGAAAUCAUAACUUAAAAGACGCUACAGGACGCCUUUGAAACACAUGAUGUUGAUAAACAAGCGCCCAUUUUUCUGAGUGGAAGUCUAGUUUUAUCUUCUUAAGUCGCAACUCAUUUGAGUUGAGCUUCAAAUGCGCCCUGAAUGUGUCCGCCAACCGCGGCUUAAAUGAUGAGGAAGAGGGGGCGCUAUCGAUGUAGCCCCCUCGCUAUAGCUUGCUAGCUUCCCUGGCCAUUCCUCGACCAAACUUGUCUUAAUGACUUUGACUAAGUGAAGAGCGGCCCUGGCCCCUGGGGGCCCAGCACGAAAGCUGGUGGUGGAGAUUUGAAUGGUUGAACUGCUGCUUCAGCAGGUGACGAAGAAUAGGACGAAGACGGCCACACACACACACACACACACACACACACACACACACCGAUCCAUGCACACACUGUAGACCUAUGUUUCCUACAAAGGCUUGAGUCACUUUUCUACUUCUGAGUUUGAUCUUAUAUUAUUAUAAUUAUUAUUAUUGUGAGUGUGGACUCCGUUGAUGACGAUGUUUAUUUAUCGGUUCUGUUUUUUUUUUUUUUUUAACUGAUCAGUGAUGGUUACAUUCAGGUCAUUUGAAUACCAAGAGGGAGAGAGAGAGAUUUAAACUUGUUACUGCAAUGCUGCUUUUAUUGUUGUCGUUAUUGUUGUUAGUACGCGUGGUGGUCUCACGUCCUGCUUCCGUCAGGAACGUCGAACAGGUAGAUGAAUGUAUGGAGAGAUGGAUGAGCUGUCAGCAGAUAUGAAAUGUGAAUAAAA